GUCCAUCAUAGUGCAUCGCCAGACAUGGUGGAUAGGACACUUUGUACAUGAACGUUUUUGACUGUACGGGCUAAAUAAUAACCCUAAACAGGAGUUAAGGAUUCCACAUAUUAUUGCUAACAAUUUAUCGGUAUUUUUUAUUUUCUUGCCUGGUUUGGUUUUCAGUGUUCUUGUUUCACGUGUACGGGCAAUAAGAAUCCUGGUGUUUAUCGCACAGAUGUGGAUCUAGCUGCUCCGGACUUCAUCACCAGACCAUCAUCAUCAUCAUCACCAGAUUUUUUGGGGGGUGUUUGGAUAGCAGAGCAGGCACCUGUUGGAUGAUUUGCACCCUGAGCAGACCAUGAUCUGACGGCCCUACCAGGAGGCCAUAGUCUGUCUUUCUUUCCUUCCUCCUUUCUUUCAUCAGUGGAGGAAGACGGGUGUGCCCAGCUGCCUUAGACAGGUGGCAUAAGGAGAGAGAGAGACUCUCUCACAAACACACAUCUUCAUACACUAAGGCGACUAGUCGCUGUUUGUGGUCCUGUCAGUCUAAAUUUUGAUCAAACCACACCCCCAACCCUGCCCCCACCCCUGCUCGGCCAAUCACAGCAGCAAUGGGGAGAAAAAAGAUUCAGAUUCAGCGAAUUACAGAUGAGCGCAACAGACAGGUGACCUUCACCAAACGGAAGUUUGGUUUGAUGAAGAAAGCGUAUGAGCUGAGUGUGUUGUGUGACUGCGAGAUUGCCCUCAUUAUUUUCAAUCACUCAAACAAGCUCUUCCAGUAUGCCAGCACUGACAUGGACAAAGUGCUGCUCAAAUACACCGAGUACAAUGAGCCUCACGAAAGCAGGACCAAUGCCGACAUCAUUGAGGCUCUGAACAAGAAAGAGCACCGGGAUUCAGAGAGUCCGGACCCCGAGGAGCCAUUCUCCCUCACGCCUCGCACAGAGGAGAAGUACAAAAAGAUAGACGAAGAGUUUGAUAAAAUGAUGCAGAGCUAUAGACUUUCAUCCACAGUGCCGCCGCCCACUUUUUCCAUGCCAGUCACAGUUCCGGUUUCCAAUCAGAGCCCUCUGCCAUUCAGCAAUCCCAGCAGUCUCGUCACCACUUCCUUCGUCACCUCCACUCUCACAGACCCGCGACUGCUGUCGCCACAGCAACCGCAGCUCCAGAGGAACACGGUGUCUCCAGGUCUGCCACAGAGACCUGCAAGUGCAGGUGCUCUGCUGGGAGGUGACCUCAACAAUUCAAACGGAGCGUGCCCGAGCCCUGUGGCCAAUGGUUACGUCAGUGCCAGGGCCUCCCCAGGACUCCUUUCCGUCUCCAACGGCAACAGCGUGGGGAAAGGGGUUCCGGCCAAGUCUGCCUCUCCGCCUAGCACUCAGAUGGUGAAUAGCCGUAGGCCGGACCUUCGGGUCAUCACCUCCCAGAGCAGCAAGGGCCUCAUGCAGCUGACAGAUGAAGAACUGGAGUUGGUGAGUGAGUGUGUGCCACAAUUGCAACUCAUUCUGAAUGCUCAGCGGUUAUGCACUUCUCAAGUGACCCAGCCUCUUACCACACCGGUGGUUUCCGUGGCAACACCGAGCCUCCUGACUCCAUUCUCCAUGCCAACCGCCUACAACACAGAUUACCAGCUAACAAGUGCAGAUCUCACAGCCCUCCAGGCCUUUACGCCGUCGGGUGCACUGUUGCCAGGCAACAUGACCACUUGGCAACAGCAGCCAUCAGUAUCCCAGCAACCACAGCAGCAGCCAUCCGUAUCCCAGCAACAGUCUCAGCAGCAACAACAACAGCAGCAGCAGCAGCAGAUAACUCUGGCCUCCCUCAGUAAUCUUGUCAUGUGGGGCUCAGACAAACAGAACGGAGAGAUGGCUCACUGCAUCUCUGGUCUGGCCGCUAAUCUCAGUGUGACCUCUCAGGGCAGCUUACUGUUGGGCAGGGAGGAAGGGAUCAGCUGGCCGGUAGGAACGAUCCCUCACGGAGCAAGUCUGACAGUAAACACAGACCCCCACGUCAGCAUCAAAUUGGAGCCGGUGUCUCCCAACCGGGAUCGCAGCACACCCAAUUCUACUGCCGGUGCGGUGGGGGGCCUCACCGUGACCCAAUACCCUGCGACGCUGCGUCUGGAGCCCACCGGUCGCUCUCCGGUGGACAGCAUCAGCAGCAACGGCAGCUCUUAUGACGGCAGCGAUCGGGAUGAUGGCGGCCAGACACGCCCUCCCGAUUUUAACUCGGGCGGUCUGGGUCUCCUCCGAGCUUCUGGAGAUCAGCCCACCCAAUCGGAGCAGCAAGAGUCAGCCAACGUCAAACGCAUGAGACUAGAACCCUGGGUCACAUAAACACAAAGGGAGACAGAGAGAGAAAUUGACUGUCUCUCACACAUAUAUAUAUACACACACAAACAAAAACACAACACACCCCUAGUGGUUCUCAAAUCUCAGUCCGCACUUAGACACAUGCAUGCGCCUGUAUUUCUCUCUGUCUCUCUCUCUCUUCCUGUCUUUCUCUCUGUUUCACUCUCAGACACACUCAUAUUUAUUGAUGUGUGUAGAUAUUUAUAUAAAAUAUGCAUAUGUGUUCACACACACACACGCUAGAUCCUUAUACACAGAGUUGCCAAUCCAGGUGUAAACAUAUACACGAGACUGAAGUAAAGGACCAGACAGAAGGGCUUCUGGUCAUGUCUAUGGCUUUCUCCCCCUACCCGGUUCACAAUUAUGGCACAGGAUUUUAAAGGCCUUACUGCCAACCCACCUCAAUCUGCAAUGGUUUCCUCUGUGAUCAAGGUUUAGCAACACGACUCUGUUGAAACAAUACAACUGCUUGUUAUGUUGUAUGGGCGAGAGCCUGUCAAUCUGUUUUUCAGAUUUUGUUUUUCUAUUGAUUUGCUUUUGUUUAGUUUGUUUCUUUGUAGAAAUUGCUGUCUUCUCGGUUGAUUUUUUUUCUUUCUAGCAUUUCGUUUUGACGUUUUUCAUCCGCGCUCGAACAGCUGCCUUUCGAAUCGUUCAUUUUGUAACGAUGUUGAGUAUUUACUAAAUACGCAAAAACUUGCGUAGUGUGUUUGUGUGUGUCACUUGUGAGACAGAGGUGAUCAUUCAUUUAACCAAACUCAAGUAAAACUUCACUCAUGUGUUUAUUUUAUAUUUUGUGUUAUAUCACACCGGUCCUCUCGGGCACACGCUCGCACGCGUGUGUGUCUAUCAGCGGAGCUGAGGUUCAGAUGAGAACAUCCUCGAUGUUUUGCAGAUGUGGCAUCAUUAAUGGGAAUGUAGUGUUUGUUUUCAACCCGCAGUGUUUUAUGAGGCGUAUGGUUGGCCUUUUAUUAAUGAUGGUUUAUGAGAGCAGCGAUCUGGCACGUUAUGCUAUAUUUAUUGUUUGUCAGAGAAAAAUCUGUGCUGUUAAAAGAGGACAUAAAUAUGUGGAUAAAGCCUGAGUUGUUUGAACUCAGGGUGACGUGUUUUGAGGUAAUGUGUGUGUGUAUAUACAACAUUUCUCUCAGUGUUUCAGUAAAAGUUUAUGUAUAGCAAAAAGGUUGGUGUCAGACACGCAGACACUUUUAAACCACAGCUGAUGGAGUCUGGUUGUGUAAGCCCUUGUAGCGCUGUGUGUGUGUGUGUGUGUGUGUGUGUGUAUAUGCGCGAGUGUGUGUGUGAUGAGAGAGUAGAGGAGGUGAGAUGUACAUAGCGAUGUAUGUUCACAUAUACUCUGAAGCAGCGCUGUAAUCUCAGUGAAACCGUCUCUGUUAACCUCUACCUGUAAAUAAACUGUACCGCGUUGUAAGUUAGCAAGGUGGAGAGGCAGAAGAAGGGAGGAUUUGACUGUUUCUAGCGUGACACUUUUCUGCGAUUUUUAUUCUGAUGGCGCGCACUUUAAAACGUUUCCCCCUCGUCCGCUCUCGCACACAUUGUCAAAAACACGCAAUUUUCCAGAGAGGAAUUUCAGGACUGCUCCUGGAUUAUUGACACAUCUCCUUCCUCAUGUUGUCAUUCACACUAUCAGUCCACUUUGAUCGAUUAUCCGCUAGUUUCCAUGGCCCCAUUCCCUGACACAAAUUUUCCUGAGAAAUUCCUAGUUCAGCCUCCCUGACUUACAAGACGUUUAAUAGCAUUCAGGGAAGAAUGGUAGAUUUUUUUGUGAGAUCUUGGCUUUAUAUUGCACUUCACAUGUUUAACCGUAGACAGUAAUGAAAUAAAAAUGUCACGUAAAUAAAAUUAAAUGAUGGUUGUAUUGAAAUCUAGAUUAGGCUUUACACGUGUUGCAAAUUGUGUACACAAAUUGUUUUCUGUGUAUUCUUGAAGUGACUCAGAUGAAGGAUGUUUUUGUGGCAAUUUUGGAAAUGUAAAAUUAGGUAGCACAGUUGAAUUGUGUGAGGAAAGUCCACAGAAGUGAAAUGGGGUUCAAAUACGUUGUAUUUUCCUUUUAAUCCCCCUAAAACUGACUUUAUAAAGUGUUUCGGUUUUUUCAGCUGUAGUAAGUGAAUCUUUCUUCACACCAAAGUGAGACGUAACUUUCUGUCAUUGGCUUCUCUACCUCACCACCUCCUCUUCUUUCAUAAUUCAGUACAUUUCUCUCUUUUUCUCCUUUUUUCACUCAUAGAGGAAGACAGAAGCCAUUUCAUUUCACCUAACCAGGUGACCCACAUUUGUUAUUUAAGUUACACACACACACACAAACACACACAAAGACAAUGGAUACAGUACCAAUAUGGAAGUCCGUAAGAGAGUUCGAGUCGGGAGUGAGAACAUCCACCUUUAAUGGCAUCACUGAUGUUUGCUUUAUAUCUGGACACCACCGAACUUCAUAUUCACCUCCCUUGGCUCUAAAGGAUUUAAUCUAGAACUCGAUACAGAGCGAGCCUGCGACGCUCCUCGGUUGAUUUAAAGACUGUUGUGCCCUGAGCUUUGAACAAAUGCAGUAAUUCAAUGUAUGUUUAUGGAAGCGGCCUAAUACUUGAAGCUGUUGACUGUAAAGCAAUGCACCUGAGCCUGCGGGCGCUGAUAUAUUAGGCCAAGCCGGUGUCUCGGAGUGCUGGCUGAGUUGAUUUAAGGCUAAGACGACGUUCGAAAGCUCUCACGAGGACCUCACACGAUAACAUUAGGAAUCGAAAUAAUCAAAGAAAAGACAAUCGUCCAGUGAAUUGUUAACUUUGGCCCCGUAUUCCCUUUGUAUGAUGUCUAGAAUCUCUCGCAUACUUUUUCUCGUGUUAAUUUGUGCUGGUGACAGUUUUAAUGUCUGUUUUUAUUCUAAUUAUUAUGAGAAUUAUCAUUACCAUAAUGGCUAUCAUCACAGAUGGUAAUUAUGAUAAGUUUAAAGAGACAGUUUUUAUUUUCUGCGGUUUUUGUGUAGGUUAGGCAUCCUGUUUUUAUUUUAUUUUAUUUUAUUAUGUAUGAAUAUUAUAAAUAUAUAUAUAUUAUAUUUUUGGUUUUCAUUCUUUUUUGUUUCAUUUUUCUUCAAAGGGGUGUUACUAAUAUUGCACGAUUUAUUAAGUAAAACGAAACGAGUUGUAGUAAUAUUAGUACUUCUUGCUAAUUGAGGGAAGCAGGUUGGAUAGAAUGACCAGUUCUAUGCUGCAAUUUUUAGUCAAUUGUACAAUAGUAUCUACACAUAGUUAAGGUGGGACACCCACACGUUUAAUUUAUUCUGAUCAGACACAAUGCAUGGGCGUCAGACAAGCAAAGAAUGAGUCAAAUUAUAAAUGAACUGAAAUGUAAUUUCAAUAAGAAUAUACAACACAAAACUAGAAUAGAAAUUGAAGAAAAAAGUUUAAAAAAAGAAAAAUUAUAGCUAAUAUAUUGUGUUCGGCUAGUCUGCUUUGAGUUUUGUUGUAAAAAAAAUAAAAAGACAAAAAAUUCAAAAAUAUUCUGUUGUUUUCGGAGAAUGAUAUACAAUUUGUGUAUAUUUUCAUAAACAAAGUAUGCACUGAUAUGUUAUUACAAAUUCUAUACUGCUUUUACAAAAGAGUGUUUGUUAUUGUACCAAAGUAUCCAUUGUCCUUUAUGACCCUCCCCUUUUGCGUAUGUUUUAUUGUAUUUUAUAUAUUAAAUAGACAAGUUGACCUACACAGAA